CGGGAGCGCACGGCGGGGCGCGGCCAACGCUGGGACGCGGCGCACGGAGGGACGCGGCCGGCGCCCAUGGCGUUCGCGCUGUUGCGGCCCGUCGGCGCGCACGUGCUGUACCCGGACGUGCGGCUGCUAAGCGAGGACGAGGAGAACCGCAGCGAGAGCGACGCGUCGGACCAGUCGUUCGGCUGCUGCGAGGGCCUGGAGGCGGCGCGGCGCGGCCCGGGCCCCGGGGGCGGGCGGCGGGCGGGCGGCGGCGCGGGCCCCGUGGUGGUGGUGCGACAGCGGCAGGCGGCCAACGCGCGGGAGCGGGACCGCACUCAGAGCGUGAACACGGCCUUUACGGCGCUGCGCACGCUCAUCCCCACCGAGCCGGUGGACCGCAAGCUGUCCAAGAUCGAGACGCUGCGCCUGGCGUCCAGCUACAUCGCGCACCUGGCCAACGUGCUGCUGCUGGGCGACUCUGCCGACGACGGGCAGCCGUGCUUCCGCGCCGCCGGCAAUGCCAAGAGCUCUGUCCCCGCCGCCGGUAGUGCCAAGAGCGCUGUCCCCGCCGCCGCCGACGGCGGCCGCCAGCCGCGCUCCAUCUGCACCUUCUGCCUCAGCAACCAGCGCAAGGGGGGUGGCCGUCGUGACCUGGGAGGCAGCUGCUUGAAGGUGAGGGGGGUGGCCCCUCUUCGAGGGCCACGGAGAUGAGCCUGGACCCUGGAGAAGGAGGCCAGGAGCCAGCCACUGGCUGGACGGGGAAGAAGACCCCAGGAGCCGAGCCCAUCCCUUCUUUGUGUAGGGACCAGGGGACCAUGGCCUGGGUCCAGGACACUCUGGGCAGGGCCCUCGGGACAUCUCCCGAUCCUGGAGAGCUGUGAGGAUCCAUUCAGCCUGCCCAGCUCUGGCUGGUCAGAGACAAGGCAGAACUUUUGGAAAAACAAAGACUGUUGGUGACAGAGGGUGUGUGUGUGUCUGUGCGUGAGUGUGAGUGUGUGUCUGAGAGAGAAUUGGUGAGUUUAAAAUAAAAGCUAUUUUUAAAUAAAA